UCAGGUUUAUCAAAUAAUAUCUCAAGGCCUUUCAGUUUACACAAACUUUCUGAAGAACAUUUAAUGCUACAGAAAACAUGCAGAGAUUUUGCAGAAGCAGAAUUGAAACCAAUUGCAGCCCAGUUAGACAGAGAGCACAAGUUUCCAGCAGAUCAGAUUCAAAAAAUGGGUGAAUUGGGUCUUCUUGCUAUUAAUGUGUCUGAAAAAUAUGGAGGUUCAGAACAAGAUUCCUUGGCGUUAGCAGUUGCUGUAGAAGAAAUAGCUAGAGCAUGUGGUGGUACUGGAACUAUUAUGUCUGUACAUAAUUGUUUAUAUGUUAAUUUACUUGACAGAUGUGGUACAGAGGAACAAAAGGAAACAUUUCUAAAGCCUUUUACCAGCGGAACAUUAGGUUGUUUCGCCCUUAGUGAACCAGGUGAUUUAAUUUGUUUCGAUUAA